AUGGAGCCGUUAGCAUUGACAUCUAUCGUACAAUCACGACUGUGGAAAAGCACAGAAAAGAUCUGGCCUAAUUCUAUCGCGCUGUCGGCGAAGUCAGCGCUCGACAUGACUUCAUCACCAUUGGUCAGUCCCCCUCCUCUAAAACGACGACGUGUCUCUUUGCCGGAGAGACCAUGUGUAGCAAUCUCCUCAGACAUUUCUGAUCCUGGUGAGCAUGGUGUCUCAUCGCGCGGAAGCUGUCCACCGCAUGCGUUACGAGUCUUCUCCUGGAACGUCAAUGGUAUUGAUCCCUUCCUUCCCGACAAUACACCAAAGAUCACGACUUUCUUGAGCUCGCCACCCCAAACUGAAAAGCCUACAACACAUCAAUCGAUACGGGCAAGCCUCCUCGAUUGGUCUUGGCCCCAUAUCGUAUGUUUGCAGGAAGUGAAGAUUGCUCCCACAGACAUAAAGACCCAAGCUGCCUUCAAACGCCAAGUCAACACUUCAUUAGCCGUAGAAAAUGAUGGGGACCACGAUGGAGAAUCACCUCAAGAUCACCACUACGAUGUCCACUUCUCCCUUCCGAGAGAUAAGUACAAUGCCACAGGCUUUGGUGGCAAAGUUCAUGGCGUUUGUACGUUAGUGAGGCAGGAUCUUCCAGGUGUCAAGAUUGGAACUGUAAAGUGGGACCUCGAAGGUCGAGUCAUCAUUUGCGAAAUGACGACAGAUCAGCUUGCAGUGAUCAAUGUCUAUGCUGUCAAUGGCACAAUGUACGAUUAUCGUGACCCCGAAAGCGGCAAAGUCAUUGGCACUCGCCAUGACCGGAAGCGUUCUUUCCAUACCCAUCUCUGCAAUGAAGUAAAAGCAUACGAGGCAAAAGGUUGGAACGUAGUCAUCAUUGGCGACAUCAACAUUUCGCGAAGUUCAAAAGAUUCAUUUCCGCAGUUGAGGCUGGGUGAAGCGCAUGUGAGAAAUCGCGCGGACUUUGAAAGGAAAUUCAUCACAGAGUUGCGCAUGGUCGAUACUUUUCGUUUUCUCAAAAGAGACGAGAGAAAGUACACCUACAGACCAACAAACAAGCCAUGGGGCGAAGGCGGCGAUAGGGUUGACAUGGCGCUCGUAACGAAAGGACUGAGUUCAAGGCUUGAAGACGCAGACAUGCUGGACACGGAGAAAGACAGAGGCCCAAGCGAUCAUGUUCCACUAUAUAUAUCACUUUCAGCCCAGUCAGGUGACACGCCCACCUGGCGGAGAACGGGAAAAGACAAUUGA